AUGCGUUGCUUCGCUGUUUACGUGGUGAGUUUUGUGAAGACUUGAAAGGGGUUCAAUUAUUUGGAAGCCUUAUUGUUAGAAUCGUUAUUUAUAUUAGCAAGAAGGACAUUUUUUGUUCUAGGAGUACUCUAAGCGCAUUCAUAGUCCAAAAAAAAACUAUGAGAGUGGUCGGAAACUUUAAGAACCAUUCAGAAACUUUUGCGAACCGAAAAAAAAAAAUCGAUAGCUUUAUACAUUUUUUUCCUAAACUUCAUCAAACCAGCUUGAAUAAUCAGGUCUUUCACGAAUCAUCUGAGCAUUCUAGAUUUUUUCCUACCUUUCAAAUUUUGAAUGGCAACACAGUUUAACUAAUAUUCAUAGAAGUUAACAGGUUUCAUUUUUUGCUACUGUUCCGGUGAUCUUUUUAUGGUCCUUUUUUCAUCGGUUUUAUUUUUUUUUUUUGAAGGUUUGGCGGCUUUACAGUUAAUCAAACAGUUUCAAGAAGUGUAAAAUCGACUUAAAACAGUCUUGUCUGGAACCUGAAAGCGGCUUUUCUCGUUCUCUAUAACCGAAGAGACAAGCAAAAUCGUUUCAAAUAUAGAAAAAUCAAUUUUAAUGUUAUAAUAAUUUUUUUUUUCAGCUGGCCCUCAUCAUUGGCUUCGUUUCAAUGGUCAGAGCUGAGGAUGAAACUUUUUACAGGCCAAGUGAGUUUCCAUGUUUUCCAAACCCUUUUUUAGAGCAUAACUCUCAAAAAGCUGCUAGGUUGUGAAAGAAAUCUUUUUUGAACCCCUCUAGACCAAGUUAUAUUUAGAAUAGAGAAUUUCUCAUAAUGAAACAUUUCUUCUUCAAAGAAUCCAAGAACAUGACGAUUUUGCAGUGAUGAGCCGGCCGUUCCGGUCGCACCUCAACCGUUUUCCCUUCCACAAUCCGGCCUAUUCGGUCUCGCAAAUGUCUGAAGGCCGGCCACGCGGAUUCAUGCCUUUCUUUGAUUAA